AGCGUGAACUAUAAACUGCGAAGCACCUGAUCCCAGCCAAUCAUCGACAAAGGACAGCAAUUUCCCUGCAGUUGCUGCAGAUCCUAUACUUGUGAAAGGAAAACCCGUUCUCUCUUCUCCCGUCGUCGUCGGCGAUCGAGGGUUGUGCAGUCUCGCUUUAAAAAGGAAGUGAAAAUUGAUGGAAAAUUCAAAUGGUAUAGAGGAGGAUGGAGAUGGAAGAAAUGAGGCAGCGUCUACUUCGGGUUAUGGAUUAUUUGAUCGACAAGUUACAGUUCACCAGUUUAUGGGUGGCGGUAAAGCUGCUGAUUUACUCCUGUGGAAGCAGUGGCAUUUCUCUCUAGGCAUUCUAGUUAUUGCUACUGUUGCUUGGUUCAUAUUUGAGAGAUCGGGAUUGCCAUUCUUAACAAUAUGUUCAGAUGUGUUGCUGAUUUUGAUCAUAAUGUUGUUUGUUCGCGCCAACUAUGCUGCUUUGAGAAAUAAGUAUUUGCAUCUUCCCCAUACACAUAUCAAUUUCAUGUUUUUCGUAUACCUAAUCAGCAAGACUGUUUUUAACUGUUAUGGUUUCUGUUUCUACCUUUGCAGACAACUACAAUCGUUGCCAGAGCUAGCUCUGUCAGAGGAAAUGGUUAAUAAUGCCUCAGCAUCAUUUCGUGCUAAAGUUAAUAAUCUGCUUCUUAUGGCUCAUGACAUAACUCUUGGUAAAGAUUUCCGACUUUUCUUUAAGGUUGUGGUUUGUCUGUGGCUACUGUCUGCCAUUGGUAGCUAUUUUUCCUUCUUCACACUUGCCUAUAUCGGAGCUAUUUUGUCAAUUACACUUCCUGCAUUGUACAGCAAAUACGAAGAGCGUGUGGACAAAUAUUGUGGGAUGAUCCAAAGAAAAUUCUCUCAUCACUACAAAGUAGUGGAUGAUAGUGUCAUUGGAAGAAUUCCACGGACUCUAUCCAGGGACAAAAAUGCCUAGUGUGACAGAUUUCAUACAGAUUAUUUGCAAAUGCUUAAUUGGAAUAUCGAGCUGUUUUGAGGUUUCAUAAUCUUGUAGAAUCAUCAAUGAGAGGCAGCUUGUUUGUAUGAAGAUUUGCAUUCUUGUGUAUGUUCACUUUAGUCAAAAUUGGUUAUUACACGGAGUUUGUUUAAUGUAAAAGUAGGCUAAUAAGCUUGUUUACUUAUCAGAAUGAAGGUGGGGAAAAUAUUUGUUGGCUUAUAGAACAUGCAAUUAUCAAAUUUUCCUAACAA